GUGGGUAGAGAUGGCCGUAAUGUGAAAGUGCCGCAAUAUCCCCAAAAAAUAAUACACAAUCUACCGUGUCUUGGAAUUCCCACAUCGUAGACGUCUGAGUUGUGACAGUUGGUCAUAAAGAUCCUUUGCAACCGUACAAACCGCUGCUUGCGAAUGUCGCGACUUGCAUCCUUAAGGCCAUCCAUCACAUCACCACUAAGCUCCGUACUCCGACCCGUGCAAACCCGCGGAUAUCACAUUACGAUGAGCUUGAGCACCAAGUUGAAGCCCGCUGCCCGGGUUUCGAACCAAAAGCAGGAUGUCUGGUCCAUCAUCAAUGAGGCUGCCGCAGCUUCGCCGAAGCAGCCAAUUAUCAACAUGGGACAGGGCUUCUUCGGAUACAACCCGCCCAAGUUCAUCCUGGAUGCUGCCAAGGAGGCCCUUGAUCGCGUAGAAUGCAACCAGUACUCUCCCACCAAGGGUCGACCACGCCUGACGAAGGCUAUUGCUGAUGCGUACUCGCCUCACUGGGGUCGUCAGAUUAACCCCAACACUGAGGUUACUAUUACCACCGGUGCAAACGAAGGAAUGCUGAGUGCGUUCAUGGCUUUUAUUGAGCCUGGAGACGAGGUCAUCAUUUUCGAGCCUUUCUUUGAUCAAUAUAUCAGCAACAUCGAGAUGCCUGGAGGCAAGAUUGUCUACGUGCCGCUGCAGCCCCCCGCAGAUGGCGCUGUCAGAACUUCCUCUGCUGCUGAAUGGACUCUUGAUAUUGAGCAGCUCGAGAGAGCCAUUACGCCCAAGACAAAGAUGAUUGUCAUCAACACACCUCACAACCCCGUCGGCAAGGUCUUCUCCAAGGAUGAGCUGCAAAAGAUUGCCGAUCUUUGCGUCAAGAAUGAAAUCAUUAUUCUCUCUGAUGAAGUCUACGACAGAUUGUACUACGUCCCCUUCACACGCAUUGCUACGCUCUCGCCCGAGGUUGAACGCCUGACUAUCACGGUCGGUUCCGCCGGCAAGAACUUUUACGCCACCGGAUGGCGAGUUGGCUGGCUUUUGGGACCGGAACAUCUAAUCAAGUAUGUUUCUGCUGCGCACACCCGAAUCUGCUACUCGUCCGUCUCGCCCCUCCAGGAAGCCUGCGCUGUCGGUUUCGAGCAAGCCGAAGCACAGGGAUUCUGGGACGAAACUAUCAAGGAUAUGAAGGCCAAGAUGGAUCGAUUCAACACUGUUUGGGACGAACUCGGACUUCCUUACUCUGAGCCUGAGGGUGGCUACUUUGUCCUCGUCAACAUGGCCAAGGUCAAGCUUCCCGAGGACUACCCUUUCCCCCCUCACGUUUCCAGCCGUCCCAGAGACUUUAAGCUGGCCUGGUUCCUCAUCCAGGAGGUUGGUGUUGCUGCGAUCCCCCCAACGGAGUUCUACACGGACGAGAACGCCCAUCUCGCAGAAGACUACAUUCGAUUUGCCGUCUGCAAGGAGGAUGCCGUGUUGGAAGGUGCCAAGGAGCGUCUUCGCGGAUUGAAGAAAUACAUGUCCUAAUGGGUUUAGAUUUGAUAGAAUUUGGAUGGUUAAUAGAAAAGCAAAUAGCAAUUAAAAAAAGACGGAACAUGACCCCUG